AUGGUAAACUUUGAUCUAAGUCGAGUGGGUGUAUUUAGGAAGAAAGACCAGGAACAUAAAGAUGUUGAUGUACCUGAGGAGGAUGACGUGGAUGCAUCCGAGUUUGAAGAUGAGGAGGUUCAGCCUAAAAAAGUGAAGACUAGGAGACCGCUGGAUACUGAAUUCUCUCAACAACGGUUGAAAUCGUGGAAUCCAGUGCCUUCACCUAAGAACGUAUUCCUGCUCUACCUGCUAGUAGCAGCGGUUUUCGUCAUUGUUGGAGGCUGUUUGCUUUCAGUGGCUUCCAAGGUUAGUGAGCUGACUGUUUAUUACCAGGAUUGUAAAGAUAAAGCUCCAACCGGGGACGAUUGGGAAGAUAUGCCCUCGGAUCAUUACUCGAUGAUCUUCACUAAACAUAAGGACUUUAGCACAGCACCUCAGUGGAGGUAUGUUGCAGACCCUGAUGACCAAGACGAGGAGAGUGGAACUUGUCAGUUACGGUUUACGACACCUCAAGAGAUUCCAAAGGAUGUUUAUGUUAACUAUUUGAUUGAGAACUUUGCGGCAAACCAUCGUAAAUAUGUGUUAUCAUUUAACGAAGAUCAGAUCAAAGGUAUAGCUGCUUCCCGGAGUGACCUUGAGGACAACGUUGGUAUAAACUGUAAAAUUCUGGGUCACAACGGUGAUGGUAAACUAUAUUAUCCAUGUGGACUGAUUGCCAACUCUAUGUUUAACGAUACUUUCCCAUUUGAGCUAUCGAAUGUUCAAGACUCUAACAAUAACUAUCCUUUGAGCAACAGCAAUAUCAACUGGCAUACGGAUCGUACUAGGUACAGGAAAACGAAAUACAAUCACACAGACAUCGUGCCACCACCUUUUUGGGCACGUCAAUUUCCAGAUGGAUAUAACGAGACUAACAUUCCAAAUAUACACGAAUGGGAAGAGUUCCAAAAUUGGAUGAGACCCGCGGCUCUUCACAAAUUCUCCAAGCUGAUACGUAGAAAUUCAAACGACAGUCUUCAGGCUGGUACGUAUCAGAUUGACAUUGGCCUUCAUUGGCCUACUACCAUGUACAACGGGAAGAAAGCAGUUUACAUCACGCAUGGUUCAAGUAUUGGAAGUCGGAACUAUUUCCUGGGCACAGUUUAUUUGAUCGGUGGUUGUAUCUGCGUUGCCUUUGCCAUUGUCCUCUUAGGGUUUUGGAUGAUCUCUGGAAGAAAAUUCGCAGACCCAGCGCAACUCUCUUGGGAGCAAAAGUAG